GUCGACGGCGCGCUCGCGCCGGACGGUGAACUCGCGAUCGAUAUCGUGCUCCCGCGAGGGUAUCACUUCACAAGGGGGGCGCGAUCGAGGUACGAGGUGACGCCGACGGGAAGGGAGGGGACGCUCGGGGAGGACGGACGGGCGCGCGCGCGGGCGGAGAGACGGGCGAUGGGUGACGCGAACGAACUCGCGGUGGAGUGUUUGGUGUAUUUUUGUAGGGAGGAGGAUGUGUGUUUGUUGCAGCGCGUGCGGUUCGAGGUGGAGGUGCGCGAGGGGGGGGCGCGGGAGGUGAACGCGCGGUUCGACGUCGCCCCAGAGGCGAGCGAGAGCGAAGCGCCCGAGUGGAAUCGAUUCGCCGUGGAGCUGUGA